ACAAAGAAUGAAGAAAACAAACAGCACCAGAUCCAGGAUAGGAUUAUAACUCUGUUUAGGCAAAUGGGAUGAACCUGAGUCGCAAAAUAUGGAAUCAGUGGGGCCACAGCUAAUCUCAAGGGGAAAAAAAUAACAUGGGAUUAAUUUCACGUGAAUUAUUAUUGGAUCUGUCCACCGCAUCACUGGGCAGUCAAGGAGAAGCUAAAGAGGGAAGAGUAGCAAGUGGGGUUAUGUAUAGUUGGGAGUUCUUGCUGAUGCUUGUUGAGAUCUCCCACUGAAAUUCUGUCCCUUUCAGCUUCUUCCCUAACGAGGUGUCUUCUUGGUAUCUGUUCUUGCCCCGGUUUCUGUAGAAGAGGCUAUCUUGAGAAAUGGAGAAGAAUUCAACCGCGGACUCAACUUCAUCAGCCUCCUUUCUGAGUCAAGAAAGAAUCGAGGGGAGUUGGUACCCUAUUUAUUUCGGUGUUUCCUGUGCUUUAUUUGCUGUAAGAAUCUUGUCAGGACAUCAUGAUUCAGAAGAAGAGAAGAAAUGGUCGGAAACCUGCAAUAAAAUGCUCCAAGGAAGUGCCCAGCUAUUGGGAUUGCUCGUAUGGAGAGCUAAUAGAGUCAUAGCCGACAAUAAGAAGUGUUUUCUUGUCGAAAAGCUCGAGGCCGCUGAGAAAAAGAUUGCAGAGUUGAAUCGGAUUAGGCGUGAGGAUGCAAAAGCUAAUGAAAAGGUUGUCUGCAUUUUUGCUGCACAAGAGCAGAGCUGGUUCAAUGAGAGGAAGAAGCUCCGGCAGCAAAUUGGAGCUCUCAUCAAUGAGAUAAAGAUUAUUGAGAAAAAGAAUGUUGAAGAUGUUUCAAAAUGGAAUGAAAAGUUGAAGGAGAUGGAGAUUCUCUUGGAGGCAAAGGAUAAGUCCUUAGAAGAAGCGGAAGUAAAGAGUAAGGAAUUAGAGGAAAAUCUUAAGAAGGCAGAGCGGGCUUUGGAAGAUUCAAGAGAAGCCGCAAGGACAGAGAUUUGGAAGCAGAAGACCGCAUUUAUUGAGCUCGUUUCGAAUCAGAGGCAGCUUGAAGCUGAGAUGGGAAGGGCAAUGAGGCAGAUAGAGGCUUUAAAGGAAGAGCUCACUUCGGUUUUGGAGCAGAAGGAGGAGUCUGUUGUAAUGGUCCAGAAAUUUUCUGUAGAAGUCGUGAAGAUGCAGAAGGAUCUCGACCAGAAGGACAAAAUUUUGUCUGCAAUGCUGAGGAAGUCGAAACUGGACACUGCUGAGAAGCAAAUGCUUUUGAAGGAAGUGAAAUUUUCAAAAUCAAAGAGGAAGCAGGCAGAACUUGAGAAGGAAAGAUUGAGGCUUAUUUCAGAGUCUAAUAAUAAGCUUAAACAUGGAGGAAACCGUUCUCUAAGGAGUAUAUUAGAGAAAAAAAUGAGUUUGAAGCUCGAAGAAGGCCUGUUUUCUGGUGCAAGAAAGGUUCAUUCUAGUGCUUCUGGGUCAUCACACAAGAGUCACAAUAUCACAGAAGGGACAGGAAGAGAUAUAGAUUCUCCUCCGCUUUCGGAUACCUAUUCACCAGAAGAAAAUGGAACGCAAGCGAUCAUGGACAACGUCGAGCUUGACAACUGGGUGCAAUCUGAAGCAGAGAAGUACGCGGCUCUAAUUGAGCAAAGGCACCUACUUGAAAUGGAUGCCUUUGUGGAACAGAUGGGGCUCAAAGACGAGAAAUUGGAAACUUGCCGCUGGCGGCUCCUAAGCAUGGAUAUUGAAUCGAAGCGGCUCCGGGCCCAUGUUGAGGGGCUGAACAAAGAGGUAUCACAAUUAAGGCACAGCAAUAUGAAACUUGAAGCAUUGCUUCUCGAGCGAGAGGAGGAAUUGAAGUCAUUGAAAGAGAAACUUGCUUCACAAUUUGCACAGAAUUCAUUAUUAGCUGAUUGGUCGAAAGUUAAGAUCAUAAAGAGAAGAGCAUCAGUAAAAGGAAAAGAAAGAAAGCUUAAUACAUCGGUAACGGAGGUUUCUCGAGAUGACAAUGGUGAAAUGGAGGGCAAAGAUGUCAAUGUGGUGGUCCCAUCGCCUGAGAAAAAAAUCAAAGUAGAAAAGGAUGUUGUUGGUGAGAAUAGUCCUAUCAGAGAAGAAAGUUCUGCAGAUUUGGAUUAUCCGGUUGAAAAUUUAGAAUCUUCGAGUCAGGUCUUGAGUGUCAAGGCAAAAGAUUCGUCAUCUUUGUGGAGGAUGGAUCUUCAGGCUCUGGGAGUUUCUUACAAGAUCAAGAGGCUGAAGCAGCAGCUUCUUAUGCUCGAGAGGUUGAUGGGAAAACAAGGAAGUAGCACUGAGAACAUGGAAUGGAAGGAAGAUGGCGUGAAAAGUUUUCUCUCAUUGAUAUCUAUGCUGAAUAAGCAUAUUGGACGGUACCAGUCACUCCAGGAGAAAACCGACGAUCUUUGCAAGCGGAUGCACGAGAACCAUUUGGACAUGGACCAUGGAGAUUUAAAUGCUUCUGGAAUAAAAGGAGAGAAAACAAAGACACUGGAACAUUUCCUCGAGGAGACAUUCCAAUUGCAGCGGUACAUGGUUGCGACGGGACAGAAGCUGAUGGAAGUACAGUCCAAAGUUGCCGUUGGGUUUGUGGGAGCAGAUCAAGUGCUCGAGAAACCCCUGAGCUUCGACACGAAGCGGUUUGCUGACAAUGUGAGGACUCUGUUUCAAGAAGUUCAGAGGGGUCUUGAGGUUAGAAUAUCUCGAAUCAUCGGAGAUCUUGAAGGCACUCUUGCUUCUGAUGGGAUAACCCAUAUCAGGAGGUAAACAAUAGCUUGUAAAGAGAAAUAACACGGUUCGAUGGUUCUUGGGCGACUGCAUCAUAGAUUUUUCUUUUUUUCUUCACCUUUUUUCCUUAUCUUUUAUAGUAACUUGAUCAUGUAUAAUUUCAAGCAUGAACAUUUAGAGAUGUUUGUCACGUUGUUUAUGAUGCGUUUUUCAUCUAAAUAGAGCUUAUCCAUUUUCAUGAUGUUGCUACAACCAAUGGGAAAGAAAUGAAAGUAUGGUAAUCGCAAUCCGGAAUUUCAGAA